UACCCGUGCCCUAACAGUUCUUCAGCUGUCCCACAAUGUCCCAUUCCCUGCAACAGCAACCACUCUGGUCACAAUUGUGAACUCUACGGCCUAGGGUUCCUGGAGACCAGAAGCCACUAUCCACCUUAAAAUCCCUCACUUAUUUUUGAAGUUUCUUUUCCUGAUUGCCCAGCUUGGCGAGCACAUUUAGAACGCUCUCUUGUUGUGUGCAGCUGCCCAACCAACCAUGCUGGCUCCACACACUAGAUGCAUUCCUGCCUGGAAAAGACAGGAGGUAUUGGAUCUCCUGCGCUUGUGGGGAGUAGGGGCUGUGCAAGCACAGCCAUAGAUGAGGUAUAGAAACAUGGACAUAUACAAGCAGAUUACAUGGGGGAUGCAGGCAAAGGAGUGUGAUGAGAGGGAUCAGCAGUAGCACCAUGGGAAAGUGAAGGAACUGUGGCAAGUGUCCCACAAAGCCAGUCAAUCUGGUUCUGAGCUGCAUAUCUACCACUUUGCAAACGAGCUGCAUGCCGUAUUUGGUGAACACCCCACCAGCACCCUGCACAACAUCAUGGACACCUUGGCGGAGACCCCGCCAUAAGCAGCGAAGAGAAAGAAGUGGGUGGUGGUGGGGAGAUGCGGAUGAGGGCUUCAGCCAUGCCAUGAGCCAGGAUCUGCUCGAGACUCCACCGCAGUCUGUCCAGUCCUGCCAACUGAGCAUAGCUGAGCCCCAGUGAAGUGGAAGGGACCUCAGCUUGGCACGGCAAUUGGCUUCUUGUUACCACCAGUUCUGGUUCCAAACACAGUUGAUGAUACUGAUCUAAUGGGGCAUAAUAUCAGCAUCAUGUUCUAUGGAACAGCAGCAGUAUCCACACUUUUAUUCUUAUUAACAGGAGUUGUGUUUGAUGAAAAGCCUAAAUAUCCUCCAAGCCAGGCUCAAGCAGUUCUCCAGGACGUUCCUCCUGAAGAUUACUCUUAUAAACAAUCAAUAAUUAACCUGUUCAGAAAUAUUCCUUUUGUGCUUUUGCUGAUCAGUUAUGGUAUGAUGACUGGGGCAUUUUAUUCUGUCUCCACAUUAUUGAACCAAAUGAUAGUAACACAGUAUCUGGGAGAAGAAGUGAAUGCUGGGAGGAUUGGCUUGACACUGGUGGUAGCAGGAAUGGUGGGUUCCAUUAUUUGUGGUUUGUGGCUGGAUUACACCAAAACUUACAAACAGACUACUUUAAUCGUUUACAUUCUCUCAUUUGUUGGAAUGACCAUAUUUACUUUCACCCUGGACAUUGGAAACCUUGUAAUAGUGUUUGUGACUGGAGGAGUGCUUGGCUUCUUCAUGACAGGUUAUCUCCCACUUGGCUUUGAGUUUGCUGCGGAAAUUACAUACCCAGAAUCUGAAGGCACUUCAUCAGGACUCCUUAAUGCUUCAGCACAGAUAUUUGGGAUUCUCUUUACGCUGGUUCAAGGAAAGCUUAUAACAGAUUAUGACCCUCGUGCAGGAAAUCUUUUCCUCUGUGCGUGGAUGUUUGUAGGCAUUAUUUUAACAGCCUUAAUCAAAUCUGAUUUGCGGAGACACACUGUAAAUUCUGGGAUUUUGAACACAGACAUUAAAGCUGUACCAGUUGACAGUCCUACAGAGCAUGAAAAGAAUAACACUAUGUUAAAAAGCCAGUCAGAAUCAGCCGUGUGAGGCAGAUGGAAAAUACUCUAGAAAUGCACAAAUUUCAUGUAAUAGCGAACUGCACUGAUUAGCAUAAUCACUGGAUUUGUAUGUAUGAGUAGUACGAAUUUUGUUAGACUAUUGGUGUGAGUCGUGCAGUAUUACUGAAUGAAGAUGCACAAUUCAUUUUGCCUGAGGCAUAAACAGUUUUAACUUUAUAUUGAAUAUUUAUCAUAGCGUUUUUUAAAUUGGUAGUCUCAUUGGUAAAGGUUUCUAUGAAUGUUGUCCACCCUCCUGAAAGCAGUGCAUGCUUAGAACCUUAUGGUAAAGAACUUGCAUCUCAAAAUAUAAAUGUCAUAACAAAUGGCCAGUAAGUUUUUAAUGAAGUCAAUACAUUUGGUUAAUUCAUUUGCCCAAAGUCAUACUUUCCUGAUGCACAAUCCAUUACUGGGGAGAGAGGGACUGAGCAGACACACAACUGAAAGGGAUUGAUAUUUUAACAGUAUUUUUAAUACAAAUGUGUUGCAAAUUUUAAACCAGUCCUUCUGUUUGAGGGAUUCUGUCUUUAGCACAAUACAUAGAACAAAAAAAUAAAUACAAAUUUACAGGCAUGAAUGUGUCAGUGAGUGAAAUCUGAAGCUUUAAUUGCCUUGGGGAAAACCACAGUAUAUGAAACUUGCUGUUCCCCAAUAUAGGCAAGAGGAAAGACUUUCUGCAUAAAUUCAUCAUAAUACUUACAAUGGAGACCUAAUAGUGAUCUAUUGAAUAUUGAAACUCUUUUACAAAGGUAAAGUGUUCAUAGGCAAUGGAGUGCUAUGACUUGAUAUACCUCCGUCAAAUGCUUUGAAUGCUACUUUUAGAUAGCUGAUGUGAGAUGAGUACAUGUUUACAAAAAGAUUGUGCCUUUAUUGCUGAACGUUGUAAACAAGAGCUUUGGCUCCAUCUAAGUUAUAUCUGUGUGUCUUAUGUUGUUGUGGAAAUUCCAUUGUACAUGUUUAAACACCUCCUCUGUGUAUUUGCUGACUUAACAGAAAAUGUCUUCCAUCCUUACCAUGUCUCUGCAUCAUGAACUGUAAUGAUAGUCUCUAGUUAAAUGCUUGUGUUUAUCAUGUAACUUGCAAACAACUUGCUUAGAAGUAAAACACAUUUGUCCUUCAGCUUUAAACAAAUUGUGAAAGGGAAGUGCUUCACGGCAUCAGCUGGAGCAUCUGCUCUUUGUACUGUGGGUCAGAAAUAAGGCGGAUUUUUGUCACAGUGAUCAUGGAAAUCAUGAAUUUUGAAUAAAGUCUGUGAAAUCUUGGAAA